CUUGCGUCUAGCAAAGCGAAAACACAUCGAACUCGAUCAACGCUACAAGAAAAAGAAAACAAUAACUACAACAAAAAUGGCUCCCUCACAAAUGGAACACAGACAAGAACAAUCUAUGGGCCAUGGAUACACCCACAAGAAGUUCAACUGCGGAUAUUCACACAAGAAACUGGGAAUGCGCCUGAGGCAAAGAGAAAUCAAUGACAACAAGGAAAACAUUGAACAACAACAAGAAAAUAACCAAAAAUCCUCAAAUAGUUCCACGUCUCGUAAUCUCUUCCGGCCCUAUGCCUUGGAUGAUGAUAUGCGUCGGAAAAGGAAAACUAGCUGUGACUCCUCAUCGGGAAGCUCAGAUGAAGAAUGCAGCCAACAGCAAUUUGUCUCAACACCACAAGGCUCACCAACCAAUAGCUUCUAUCAGCUACAACAACAACAAAUCUUGAUGUCAUCACCCACAGUCUCAACAACCUGUCCCUCGCCAGCCUUAAGUCCCAAUUCCUACGCUGAACGUUUGCAGCGGCAAAGGGCUGCCCUCUAUAUGCGUUACAUGCAACAAUUUCAACAGCAACAACAACAUCCAUCACUGGAAGCUGCCACCUUAGUCCACCAACAACAACAAGCAAUGAUGAACAAUCCCAGCUAUUAUCCCAUGGGUUAUCCCAAUGUCAUUGCUCCAUCUAACCUCGGAUUCAAUGGUUGCUAA